AUGUUCUCAGCUCCAGUUUCAACGCUAUCCUCGACUGUCUGUAACUUUGAGCGUUCUCUUCACGAAGGCAGCCCACACGUUAUACCUCUAAAGCAUGAGCAUAUUUCGAAUAUAAUAUCUACUGGUCACGACCUCGAGAGACAAAUAUAUAUCGUACGAGAUUUUCUUAUUUUGCUAUACGGCGCGAACACUGAGUUUUUGUACAUGAACAAUGACGAGCAAGACGAACUGUUCACCAUGUGCAGCAUUGACACGGUGCAUACUAGCUACCUGGCUGCACAGAGCCGAGUUCGACAGUACACUCAAUUCGUGGCGCUCUUGCAGCGCGCUGAAGAUGCAUGGGCACAGAAGAUUCAGGAGAUAGGUUGUGUGAUCACGGAAGAGAAGCUGGGACGUGUGUCGCUGGAUGAAAUUCAGGGGCAAGUCGAUGAGCAAGAUGUGCUGCUGGCGAACACCAUUCACAUGGUGUUUGCAAACUACGCUGCAGCGCAAUGUCGAGUCCGCCAAUACACCCACUUUCUGAUGAUCUUAAGGCGCGAGGAAGACACAUGGCUUCAAAGAUUUCAGAAGGCAUGUUCUGUGAUGCCGGGUUAUGAGCCUGUGAGGCAUGACCAACCUAUGAAGGGUGAUCUAAUGAAAUCGUUGCGAGUCUGA